AUGGGUAGUGGGAUUUCGUCUGAUUCAUCAGGCGACACGCAAACCAUUAAGGCCAUUACAGAUAAAUGCUUUUCCCCAUCCAAUCUUGCCGCUUUGUUUUCGGAAUACAACAGAAAAACAAUUCCAUUGAACCCGGAAGCGAAAGUGGAGCCUUUAUUGUUUUCUAUUCUUAUCGACAAGAUAGUUACCAAUAAAUUUACACAAGAACAGAUCGAGCCGAGCAUUUAUAAUACAAUAACAGACCAAAUAACGCCUUUUCUCUCUCAAGUCAACUUCUUUGCGGACCGGUAUGGGUAUGCGAUUCGAAAAUUACAGUCAAAAUUGCAUAAUGAGCCGAUUGAACACGAAAAAAAUUGGCAAAACGCCUGCCAAUCGCUCAAUUCGGAUAAAAGCUCAGCCAAAGACAUCCCAUUCGUCCUAGGUGCCAUUUUUUCUGUCUUUUUUGGCCUACAGGACGAAAUAGAUAAAGUUUCCGAGAAAGACUUUGACCAAGUCCUUACGAACUUGCUGAAUGUGAUGCUUACAGCUCCGAUCUCAGACAAUGGAUCUAUCAAUCCACAGCUGAUAUCGAAGUUCAAUUCGUAUUUAGUUUCAAAUGCAACGAGGAAUGUAUUCAGCUCCCUCUCAAUUCGUACGAAAAUCAUCGCCUUUCUCCUCAAGGUUGCCGAAAUAGAUGGUGGAAUUACUACAAUUAUCUCCUCUUUAUUCGUGGAAAUGAGUAUUCCACCCGAAUCGCCAAUAGAGAGCUUGCUUCUACCCAAACUCGAAAUCUACCCACAAAUAUCUAAAGAAAACUUCGGUCACUGGAAGAAAUUUUGGAAUAUUGAAUUGCCCGCGAUACAAUCUUUCACUGCAACGCAACAGAACAUAUAUUUUUCGGCAGAUUAUAUUUAUAAAUUAGAUAUCGUCACGGGAAAUCUCGAAAAACUACAGAUCGAAUCGAAAUAUUCUUUAAUUACAAAUGAUUCAUCACAAUUAUACAUUUUUGACAAUGUUAAAUCAGCACUUUCAAUAUACUCACUCGAAAAUUACACCUUUACGAAAGAUCUCGCAGGAAUUUUACAAAAUCCAAAUCAAAUUCGCUCAUUCUUGCAUUUUAAUUCAUUUAUCUACAUUUUAUACCAACUAAACAACCAAACAACUUACGAGGUCGAGGAAUAUUCGCUCGGAGACGAAACAAUGGUUUGUACAAACAAGGGCCAAAUACAGACCCCAUUUAGGAACUGCAAUCUGAUAGCGUUUAACAACGAGAUAUGCCUGAUAUCGCCAGAAAGUAAAACAAUGAUUCCUUUCGCGUUCGCCAAUAAAGAGAUAUCACAAACUAAACAUUCACCAUCGACAAUACUAUGUCCUGACGCAAUAUAUAUUACUAGCUUCGGACAAUAUACUUACACUCUUGAAAAAAUGUCCGGAAAUUACAGAAUGAAAAGAUUUGAUAAUAAAUUCGGUUUAGCUUUAACAUACGAGCCUCUCGUUAAGCAACAGUCAUCAGAGAAUAUCAGCGGGUUCGUGGAAGACAUUAUUUUAAGCUUAAGUUACCAAUUAAUUAAUUUGAUACAAUUUUUAUUCUCAAAACCGAUCCACGAAGCAGAUGCGCAAGCCAAGAAGGCCGUAAACUUCUUUAUCUCGCAGAAUCCAGAGGAAACACUGCUCGCCUGCUUGAAAUUAGGUUGGAAAUGCUUGGAAGAGACGGAAUACUCGGUACAUUUCAGGCAAACGAUACUUUUAUUUAUAUUACAGGUGUUGGUCGUUGCUUUACGGUUCUUUACGUUCAGAUUUCCUUAUGAUUCAAAAGAUGAAACUUUUAUUGACGGAAAUGCGAAAGAAAUCUUCGCCAAAAUCAGGAGAUUUAUCAAGACAAUUGCUCUAAGUGAUAUAGCAACUGAUUCUAUCAUCUCCGCUGAGUUCCAAGUCAUUAAUGCUGGAUUUAAAUAUUUAUACAACCCCUUUUACACAGAUUUUACAGAAUUAGUUAACAACAUUGGUAAGAAAUCCCAUGAAUACGUCGCUGCUGCAAUCCCAUUCCUCUACGGCUCAGUUGCCUUAAUUUAUUCGAUAAAUCAGAACACAGUUGCCAUUUUAGAGAAAUACCAUACUCCUUCUGUCCUGGCCAACCUAUUUUCGAACCAAGUUCCCUUCAUAAAUAACGAACUGCUCUUCAUUACAGGACAUAAAUACAAUGUUGAGCAUGUUUUAGCGAAUUACAUCAGCUCCAUCAUCGAUUACUUCUCAAAUAUCCUCUGCUUUGAGAAUAUCAGUAUCAGACCUCAAGACGCCGAAGAGUUUAUAUUGCAAGUUGUCGCGAGAAUUUUAUCUCUCAACAAAAAGUCAUCAAUUAUAUUCGGAUCCUUCGCAAAAUCGAUUCUGUCGCUCCUGAAGAUAUUUAUAAAGGAGUACAAACAGACAGAUUCGGUCAAAUCCGACGAUGAUAUUUUAUCUCACCCUUUAAACGGAACAACAAGGGUCAGAUACAGCUCCCAGACAUUUGAAACAAUGCACCCAUAUCCGGCCAAGCAAGAUAAGGAAACUCCCUUCGAAAUGUGCGGUGCAUCCGAAAUUAAGAUAGAAUUCGACCCACAAUGUGCCACAGAAGCAACAACAGACUACUUACAGAUUUUUGAUAAGUCAGAAGGCGGCUCCUCGGCCUACAAAACCCUUACUGGACCUGCCGGACCAGGAUGGCCAAGGGAAAUCAUCAUAAACUCAGAUACGUGCAGGUUUUUAUUCCAUUCAGAGGAAUCCACUAGCGAUUGGGGCAUCAAAUGCUUCAUUUCUGCUAAUGUUCCAAUUACAGAUUCUUAUAUCACUCCUAUGGUCACAAUUAUGAUCGCAAACUUACUCUGCUUUGCAUUAGGAUGGAGUAUCGAACAGAUUGCAUCGGUAGAUGAAACAGAAGAGUCACUUCAAAGCCAAAUUCCACCAGAUCACCCAUUAACUGAAGAGCAACAGGAAUUUCUGAACAAAGUGGCCGACCACAAUAACGUACAUCCCAUUGUAACCGCAAUCCGAUCCAAUGUUCGCAUGUUUAACAACAAAAGAAAUCAAACUAACUUCAACGACGACGAAAUGGACUGUCCGUGCAUCGCAGCUGCCUUCAGACAGGCAAACCUUGUAUCAGAGGCCAUGAACUACGAUCCCGCGAAACCUCCGAAAUCAUUCCAAGAUAUAACAUUGAGAUUACAGAGUUUGAAGACACUUUUGAGGCAGAAGAGCCAACCAGUUGUAGGAGACAUCGUCAAACAAGAGGAGAUUGCAGGAGAUAUACGAAAAGCAAUCAUCAAAAAAGCGAAAUACUUUGUCAAAAACGAAUUUCUCGGUAAAACAGUGAUAGAAUUCUUCACGAUACUGAGAUCAUCGAAACCAUUGUCAUACUUCUACGAGAAGAACAAGGAAAUGAAGCAAUACGUCCUGUCAGUGAAAGAAGUCCCUCAAAUGAUUCAAGAAUUCUUAAGUUUACAAAACGUUUUUCACACAGGCAAAAUUGCAUUCAUUUCACAACUGAAGAAAGGGGCGAUUAUCGCAGCAGAGAAUCCAGAGACAUUUGACACUUUGAUUAAUAUGAUUACAGGAAAUGUUCCUAAUUCUUUGAGAUUGUUUAUCAUGAAAACAAUUUUGAUUCACAGGGAAUUAAAUGAAAAACAUCUCAAACAGAUAUUGUUGUUCAUUGUCCAUUUCAAGCCGAAAGAAAUAGAAGAAAACGUGUUCGUGGAAAACAUGUGGUUGUUCAUAUUGAACCAUUUGAUUAAUUAUAAUUUUUCCCCAGAAAUUUUCAAUUUGUUGGUAGAUUUUAUCGUUAAUGAAAAAAGUGACAUUUCUGAAAUGACAAAAUACAAGAUUACCAUGAUAUUGUCAUUGUUGAUUAAUAGUAAUGUUAACAUUGAUGUCAUUAGUAUUCUCAAGAACUACAAAGUUGAUACUCCGAGACAUUUAUGUUCUGUUUUACGUUUGUUUUGUUUCUUUUUGAAGAAUUCGAAGAAAAAUUUGCCAGAAAAAAUUUAUUUCUUGGACAAAGAGUACAAUUUCUACAGUUUCAUCAAACUACUGUUCAUGUUCAUCGCUAAUCCAAUCAUACAAAAGAAAAUCGAUAUCCAAGAAUUCCAAAAAUUUGAAUUACAAAGUCACUUUUUCAUUUCAAGUGAAGCAAUUUUUUGUUUGAGGAAUUUAAUGUCUGAUCCAGUGAACCAAGACCUGAAGAAGCGCGUGAGUUUAGUCAUCAGAGAGUGCUUGGAUAAACAAGAAGCAUCCGAGCAAUUACUUGCUUCCUUCGUCAUUUUGGGAGGAGGAAUGUUGCCUCUAAGUUAUGGUUGUUAUUCAUCAUUGGAAGAUGGAACUGUUUUCUGUGUUUCUGAGAUAGAUCAGCAGUCAUACGACGUGUUUGGUUUCAAUGUUAAUAAUCUCGAGUGGAUGGCUGUGAAGAAAUCAAGAUUGAUGCCUUGCUCGAUAAUGCAAAUUCCAUCAUUCGAAUUCAACAAAAGUAACAUUCAAUUAUUUAAUAACAUUCAUCACAAAUUUUCUGAACAACCGUCAAAAUUUGUGUCAUGUAUCAGAUGUGCAGUUAUUGCAUCAUGUUAUACUUUGCUACCUAUUAUAUUGCAGAAUAAGAAACUAUCACAGGAAUUCGAGAAAUGCGAUGAUUUCAUCACUUCUUUGAUAUCAAUGAGUCCUUUGAAUACAAAUACAGAAAAAUUUGAGACAAUUCCAUCAUUAAUUUCAAGUCUCAACUAUUUCUUGAGUGUUAACAGCACUAAGAUGUCAACAAUGAUUGACGAAAAAGUUAUACAGAAAGAAAUAGAACCUCCUAUUUCUCCGCCACGCGUUAGAUCUAAUUCCAAAUAUUCAUUUGAUGACAGAGAAGUUAAGAACAUGAAUACAGUGAUUCCUUUCUCAAUGAUGAACAAGAGACACAAAGAGUCACCGACAAAAAUGGUUUGUAUUUUCGGAAGUGCGGAAAUAAACGGAAGAAAGUUCAAAUCAAACGUUCCUUGUUUGUAUGUCGGUGAUAAAACACUGAAUUCACAUAUAAAUCCAUUCUAUUUCGAGAUCAAAGUUGUUCAAGCUCCUUUGUAUCAUAUGUCAAUUGGUUUCGCUGAUACGAAAUCUCCAAUGGGUUUCUACAAAUUGACAUUGCCGACAAACGAAAUGGAGUCUCCAAACGGAUUCAGCAAAGUCAUUGGUCCACAGCUGCACAUCCAAAACGGAGACACAAUUGGUGUUGGCUACUCUGAGGAGAAAAUAAUUUUCUUCUACAACGGAACAAAAUUCAGUCAAUCCAUUGAUUAUCCCAACUUCGAAGAAUUCACUCCUUUCGUUUUGGACAGUGGAGGAAAUGGAGAAUACGAGUGCAACUUCGGUCAAGUUCCGUUCAUGAAAGGCGUUCUCCAGGAAAAUCUCUUCGGAUGCGAAAGAUUCUCUCUCGAAAAGUUCACUUACAAAACUAACAAAUUCAAUUUGGAUUCAAUUGAUGACGAUCAAAAUUAUGACAAAAAAGUGUCAGAUUUAUUACCAAUUUUUGAUCCUCCAAACGAAGAAUUUGUUAGAAUUGAGCAAGGCAAGUCAAACAAUGAGUCAAAGACACCUUACAUCAUGAAGACUCCUGUUGAAACAAACAUUUCUCAGAUCUCUUUGAACGGACCAUGUUUAGUUUACAGAAUCAGAAUCAAACCGAGUGAAGCGAACCAAAACGAAGCGAUAAACAUACCGAAUAUCAACAGAUGGAUGUACAACAGGAUGGGAAUUGUCACAGGAAUCACCUCUUCCGCAUACAACUCAUCAGAUAUUGCAUUGGAGUUCUACAAUCCUGCAACAGCUGUGAAAGAAAAAGCAGUGAUAAAUUCAAGGUUCAUAACAAAAGUUGACAGAGAAAGAUACAUCGGAUCAGAUUUCAUGAACAAAAUGAAUACGGAAUCAACAGCGAGUGAAGCAUUGUAUUACACAAGGAAGAUAGCAAUAAGAAGCUCAAGAUACGCUCUUUUAGUCAUGAUUUAUAACAAUCCAGAAUUAAUUGUCAAAUUGUGGAGUUCCGUCAAAAAGAAAUUGUCAAGUUUGUUCUCUGUUUUGACUAUUGAAUUGAACACAUUCACUCAGCAUGUAGAGAUCAAUCCAUUCAUUGUCGACAGCUCCAAAUUUGUUCCAAUGACUGUUCUGAUUUCUGAGAAACUGAAAGAAUUGUUAGGAAAAACAAAUUUGUUGAUUUUCAACGAUUCUAGUUUGCAUUGGUUUUUCUCUGUUAUAAUGAAAUUGGCCAUUCACGGAUUAGAUGGAUCUAAAAUGGCUGAUUCCAGCAACAACUUGUACGAGAACACGAAAUCCUAUUACAAGUUCAAUACGCCGGCAAACACAGGAAACUUCACAAUAGAUCUCACAUUGGAAGAACAAAACGCUGUUGGUUUUGUCGUAGCUGUUCAUUCGGAAAACAAUAUACAGCCAAGUUACGUUUAUUUGAAUGAAAAUGACAUCACUUCACUUGCCAGAGAUGUGAAGUUUCUCACUGGAAACAAACUGCACAUCAAAGGCAAUGGAUCGAUAAACAACAGAAGGAAACUGAAGUUCGCUGUUUUACCAAUACAGUCACACAUGAGCGAACAAUGUUCUAAAACUCCUGUUGGCUCUUUCCACAUUUUGCUGACGACUUUGUCUUACUAUUUCUCAUUCCUCGAGAAAUGUCCAAUGAAAGACGUCAGAGCAGACUUGAAAGAGUUCCUUCCAAUGGCCGUGAAACUGAUGAUGAGUGAUGGAUUGAUAUCGAGAUUGGUCGCUUUCGAAAUCAUCGCUCCAAUUUUGUCAAGAUUGGAUUGGAGUGAAGAUGAAGACGCUUUUUCAACAAAUUCCGAUGUUUCAAAUUACAUGACUUCCUUCGAGGCAUCGAUCAAUCAGAACGACUUCUUAACACCAUCAGCGGAACAAGCGAUUUUGUUGAAUAUAAUGCUCGAUUUGAACAGAUUGUAUUCGGCAGAAAAAGCAGCAGCAAGAGACAAAACAAAGAUACCUCAAUAUUUCCAAAUGUUGAUGGAUAGAGCGACAAACAAGCCACAGACGAAGUUCGACACAAUAUCAGCAUACUUCACACACGCAACAGCUUUGACUCAUGAUUGGUCGUUCCCUAUAAGAUUCCCUUCUUUCUUGUUAAUCGAAGAUUUUCUUAAACAAAUGCCAUUCACGCCCGUAACUCUAAAAAGUGACGAUUUUUCAGUUGAUGGCAAAUGUUUAGUAUAUAACUUUACUAAUGAGAAUUGGGACAGUGCGGAAAUAAUUCUCAAAAACAUUUUUACAGUCGCCGUAAAUGGAAAAGACGUAAAAAGUGGAACAGUCAUCACUUCUCCAAGUAGAAUCACAAUUCACGCCGAUAAAAAGGAUUUCGAGAUUGUAAUUAAGAUGAAGUUCCCUAAGUACGAAGAAGGCUUGGCUUUCUUCACAUCCAAGUUCAAUGAAUUCCUCCAAAUCUGUGAUGUGAUGAGAUCGAAAUGGACUCCUAAGAUGGAUGAAGAACUUUUAAAGAUUUUGAGAUCAAUAAACUCAGAUGAAAUUGCAUCAGAACUGGCAGAUGAAGAUUACGCGAGAUCACAGCUUUUAUCAGCAAUUCCUCAGAAAUACGUCAAUGUCCGAAUUUCCCUUGUUAAACAGCUCGAUUCGAUCAUGGAGUAUCUUCUAAAGAAAGUCGAUAUAAAGACGAGUGGUUUGUUGGCUGGGGGACUCCUUGCAGCAAGAACAGCCAUCGCAACACGCCACAAACAAGGAAUCUUCAAAGAGAGAGUGUCAAACAACUUGAAAGACAACAACAGAUUGCACUUGAGAUUCAACAGAUCAAGAGCCAUUUUGCACAUGAACAGACCAGAUCAUCCAUCAGCUUCCACUUUGUUGAGGCAGUUGAUUGAACAAGUUCCACUGAGAUUGAUUGAUUCAUUGAAGAGAGAUUCAGUUCCAUGGCAUGUAGAUUUGAUCGGAGAAGGCGCUUUGGAUGCAGGUGGACCAAGUAGAGACAUAUUCAGCCAGAUGUGCAUCGAAUUAUUCCAUCCAAGCACUGGUUUGUUCAUCAGUUCUCCAAACACUCAGUAUUUGCCUAGAAAUGCUCAAAACGUUGACAGAUUCGUGCCUAAUCCAAGCUGUACAGAUUUAGUGCAACUGGAAUACGCAGGAGUGUUGAUGUCAAUUGCUUACGUCAGUCGAAUGCCUCAACCAUUUAGAUUCGCUGAAUUUGUUUGGAGAUUUUUGACAGGACACCAAUUAACAAUUGAAGACAUUUACUCAGUUGAUUCCGCUUUUGCUAGUUCGAUCAAAGCGUUUAAAGAGAAUCCUGCGAAGACAUUACUAGCACACGAAUACUCCUUCACAGUUGUUAAUGUCGCAGGACAAGUCAAAGAACUUAUUCCUUACGGAUCAAGUGUCAAAGUCACAAUGGAAAAUGUACAAAAAUACGUCAAAUUGUGCAAAGAAUACAGAAUCAAAGAAUUAUUGCCACAUUUGACAUCAUUACGUCGUGGAAUCCUUCAUUUCUUACCAACAGAUGCUGUUACAUUACUCAGUUCAUGGGAACUCGAGUUGUUUGUCAGUGGAGACACAAAUGUUUCAGUCGACGAAUUGAAGAAAUGCUGCAAAUACGACGCAAUGGACAAAUCAUCGAUAAUGCUGUGGAAAGUUAUAGAGAGUUUCACACCGAACGAAAGAAUGUUGUUCAUCAAAUUCGCAACAGGAAGAAUGGGAUUACCAUCACCAGGAAUGUCAUGGCACUCCAGCCUGACAAUUACAUGGCUUCCUCUCCAAGGAAGAACAGAUGAAAACGCAGAGCUACCGACAGCACAAACAUGUUCUUCAACGAUAAAGAUUCCGAGAUACACAACAGAAGAGUCUAUGGCAAAGAAGAUAAGGACAGCUAUCUUCUACGGAGGAGAGAUUGUUAAUGAUAGAACACAGAAUGCAGCAGAUAUAGUUCAACUUUCAUAA